GAUCCUGAGUAAAUGAGCUGUAAUAAGGCCCGGGGGACAUACACGGAUCACGUCAAUAGCGCUUUCAAGAGUCAUCUUCUCAUUCUCAUAUAUAUGCUUGCGAGCCUUCGCUGCGCGCUUUCUUGCCUUUGCUGCAAGGGCUUUUUUCGAGAGCACCGGGAUCUUUUUCGUUCGUCGUAGAGCUAAGAUGGGUGAUGAAGAAAACUCUCGAACGAGUGCUGGGCGCUGCGCAAAUUCAGAUCGGAACGUUUCAGAAGAGUAGGCACUUACUGGACUAAGAAUUGAAUGGCAACAUUGCCGACAGAGCAGCCCGAGGGGAAAAGACAUGUUUUGUUCAGCACACUUGCCGGUUCACAGUGCUCUAGAGAAUUUCAAGUAAAGCAGCCGUGGGAAAAUGAACAAAGUGAUGAAAUUUGUCGGUUCACUAUUCACUUGCUUUCACUGUCGCGCGCUGCGAGUUAUGUCCAUCUCAUUUUCGAAAUCGAACGGGCUGCCAUCCCAGUUGCGCGGACUGGUUGCGCGGCUUUAUUCGACUCGCAAGGGCGAGGUGUCUUCUUCCGAUCCACAAAAAGACAUUAUCCGCCGUUAUUUGUACCCUCCGAACAUCCGCAACAAAGCCUCUCCUACUGGUACAUGGCGCCCAGAUGUCGCACGCGCUCUGCAGCGUGCAAUCCCUUCUGUGCAAGCGCACGAGACUAUUGAGCGCGCUUGGCUCCUCCAUCAGAGACACCUACGCAAAAAACGGGACGCGGAGCUGCAACGCAAAUUUAAUUGCAUGAGACAGGCAAUGCAGGAACUGGAAGAGAUUGACUCGAGGCUGUUUAGGGAAGCAAACAAGCAAGAGGAUCCAAGAGCGAGGAGCUUGGCUGAGGUAGAGGCCAUGAAGAGUAUGUCUGAACCGGAGAAGCGGGCUGUCGAGUCCAGAGUGAGGGGUUUGUUCCCUAGAGAACUCCGCAUACCAACAGAUACACCGCCGAAGAACGGCUGGCCAAAUGAAUGGAGAGCAUUCCAGAGGCCCUUGGCAUGAGCAUGGUCAUAAGAUGUUUUCAUCGUUAUCAGGAGGUGCACACGUAGAGCACGCGAUUAGUCUUUUAUUUGCUGAGGUCUUACGAUGUGCCAGAUAUUGGCCGG